UGUGUCAGCUCCGCGGGGGUCUGGGGGGUGGGGGGGGUGUGGAGGAGGAAACGAAACAAAACAAAACACUCCCCAAAAGCCGCGGCGGAGGGAGCUGCAGCGCCGACUCGGCCCCGCUGGCCCGCCGCCGCGCCUCUCCACCUCCCGGUCGGCCGCCUCUGCCUGUGGAGAAAUGGGCCCCUGAGCCGGAGCUGCGGCGGCCUCGCUAGGGGUGCGGUCUGAGGCGCGGAGAAGUGGGAUGUAAAACGAAGAUCAGAAGCAGACUUGAAGAAAUGCAGAGUGAGUUGGUGUCAGUCACCAUGUCAGAGACAGAGCACAGAGUCUCCGUUUCCUCUGAUGAAAAUACUAGGAAAACACCAGAAGUGAAGGAAGACUCUUGCAACUCGUUUUCUGGAAGCAACAGCUUAGAAAAUGAGUCCAAACUGUUGUCAUUGAACUGUGAUAAGGCUGCAUGUCAGCCUACAGAGAGCAAUAAUCAGACUAAAGCACAGGAAACUGGUAUUCCAGAUCAUGGUGGAGGGGAAGACUCUUGUGCUAAAACAGACAUAGGUCCAGAAAGUUCUGAACAAAGAGCUUAUUUUCCUUGUGAAGAGUUUGCAAAACAAGUUUCAGAAACAAAUGAAGCAGAACAGACAGUAACACAAAUACUGGCAGAAUUAAGGUCAUCUGCAUUUACAGAAGCAGCUCAUCAAAAGACUUACUCAGAAAGUCCCUAUGAUACAGAUUGCACCAAGAAACUUAUUUCAAAAAUAAAGACUGCGUCAGCAUCAGAGGAUUUGUUGGAAGAAAUAGAAUCUGAGCUCUUAUCUAAGGAGUUCGCAGAAGAACAUCAAGUACCCAAUGGAAUGAAUAAGGGCGAACAUGCAUUAGUUAUGUUUGAAAAGUGUGUGCAAGAUAAGUGUUUGCGGCAGGAAUACACCAUAAAGAAGUUAAUUAAAGAAAAUAAGAAGCAUCAGGAACUGAUCUUGGACAUUUGUUCAGAAAAAGAUAAUUUAAGAGAAGAACUGAAAAAAAGAACAGAAACAGAGAAGCAGCACAUGAGCACAAUCAAACAGCUAGAAUCAAGAAUAGAAGAACUUAGUAAAGAAGUUAAAGCUUCCAAAGAUAAAUUUGUAGCUCAAGACAUUGCAGCUAAAAAUGCAAUUCAACAGUUACACAAAGAGAUGGCCCAUCGCAUGGAACAGGCCAACAAGAAAUGUGAAGAUGCUCGCCAGGAAAAGGAAGCUAUGGUAAUGAAGUAUGUGAGAGGCGAGAAGGAAUCCUUAGACCUUCGAAAAGAAAAAGAGGUGCUGGAGAGAAAACUGAGAGAUGCAAAUAAGGAAGCUGAGAAAAACGCUAACAAAAUUAAGCAGCUUUCUCAGGAGAAAGGAAGGUUACACCAACUGUAUGAAGCAAAGGAAGGUGAAGCUACCAGACUUAUCAGAGAGAUAGAUAAAUUAAAGGAAGAUAUCAGCUCUCACAUCAUUAAAGUAAAAUGGGCACAAAACAAAUUAAAGGCAGAAAUGGAUUCACACAAGGAAACUAAAGAUAAACUUAAAGAAACGACAACAAAGUUAACUCAAGCAAAGGAAGAAGCAGAUCAGAUACGAAAGAACUGUCAGGAUAUGAUAAAAACAUAUCAGGAAUCAGAAGAAAUUAAAUCAAAUGAGCUGGAUGCCAAGCUUCGAGUCACAAAAGGAGAACUUGAGAAACAAAUGCAAGAAAAAUCAGACCAACUCGAGAUGCAUCACGCCAAAAUAAAGGAAUUAGAAGAUCUGAAGAGGACAUUUAAGGAGGGCAUGGAUGAACUACGGACGCUAAGAACGAAGGUAAAAUGUCUUGAAGAUGAACGAUUAAGAACAGAAGAUGAAUUAUCAAAGUACAAGGAAAUUAUUAACCGCCAAAAAGCUGAAAUACAGAAUUUAUUGGACAAAGUGAAAAUUGCAGAUCAGAUCCAGGAGCAGCAUCAAAGAGGUAAACAAGAAAUUGAAAAUUUGAAGGAAGAAGUGGAAAGUCUUAAUUCUUUGAUUAAUGACCUACAAAAAGACAUCGAAGGCAGUAGGAAAAGAGAAUCUGAGCUACUACUGUUUACAGAAAAGCUCACUAGUAAGAAUGCACAACUUCAGUCUGAAUCCAAUUCUUUGCAGUCACAAUUUGAUAAACUUUCCUGUAGUGAAAGUCAGUUACAAAGCCAGUGUGAACAAAUGAAAGAGACAAAUCUGAAUUUGGAGAAUCGACUAUUAAAAGAGGAAGAACUGAGAAAAGAGGAAGUCCAGGCUCUGCAGGCUGAACUCACCUGUCGACAAACAGAAGUGAAAGCAUUGGGUACCCAGGUAGAAGAAUUAAAAGAUGAGCUAGUGACUCAGAGACGGAAACAUGCCUCUGGUAUCAAGGAUCUUGCCAAGCAGCUCCAGCAAGCACGAAGAAAGUUGGAUCAGAUUGAGAAUGGAAACUAUGAUAAAGAAGUCAGCAGCAUGGGGAGUCGUUCUAGUUCAUCAGGGUCCCUUAAUGCUCGGAGCAGUGCAGAAGACCGAUCUCCAGAAAACACUGGAUCGUCGGUAGCUGUGGAUAGCUUUCCAGAAGUAGACAAGGCCAUGCUGAUUGAGAGGAUCAUAAAACUACAAAAAGCACAUGCCCGGAAAAAUGAGAAGAUAGAAUUUAUGGAGGAUCAUAUCAAACAGUUGGUGGAAGAAAUUAGGAAAAAAACAAAAAUAAUUCAGAGUUACAUCUUACGGGAAGAGUCGGGCACACUUUCCUCAGAGGCGUCUGAUUUUAACAAAGUGCACCUGAGCCGCAGGGGCGGCAUCAUGGCCUCGCUGUACACGUCCCACCCCACCGACAGCGGCCUCACCCUGGAGCUCUCCCUGGAGAUCAACCGCAAGCUGCAGGCCGUUUUAGAGGACACGCUAUUGAAAAAUAUCACCUUGAAGCAGUGCUCAGGGCUUACCCUCGGCUCUGUGCUAAAUCACUCCUGACAGGCUCGGGAGACCAUCUGGGGAGCCGGAGAUAGAAUUCAGGAAAAUCUGCAAACCCUCGGGACAGAAAUCGAGCGUCUCAUCAAACGCCAGCAGGAGCUGGAGCAGAGGACGAAGCAGCCCUAGCCAGCUUCCGGGCGCCACUCGGGGCCGCUCUGUGUGUCAGCCACGUGACAAGUUUAUUUUGCUCAUCUGUAUAAACACGUACCCUCUCGGAUUGUGAAUGCGUUGCUCUGUUGCUGUGUAGGUGAAAUACACUUUGGUGGCAUUUGAUUUUCUCUGGUGACAGCCUGCCAUUUCACUCAGACUCCUCCCUUUGCUCCUGCUCCUCGGAAUUGCCGGGCAGUUGCCUCCACAAGCCCUCCGCCUGGCCUGGUUCUUCCCUUUCAACCGUUUCCUGUCGAGACUGAUUCAGCUUCUUAAAAUUGCGCAUGAAAGGCAGUGUUAAUCAUCCAGUUACACACUCUUUUCUCCACGUGGAGAAAACUUAAAGAGGUGAUAAAAGACUUUGUUUUGACAUUCCAGAGUAAUAUUUUAUUGGGUUUGGGGAUCCCAGUGGCUUUUUCUUUUCUUUUCUUUUCCUUUUUUAUAAGUCUUUUUAUUUAAUGGAAGCCAACAGGCAAGAUAGUCGGGGUGCCAGCAGCAAGCAGGCGUCCUCUGCCUCGUGUCUGUCAGGACUUCUGGUUUCUGCUGGAUGCGAUUUUUCAAAUUUGAAUUUUAAUAGUUGAGGAAUUAUUUUCCCUCAGUCUUUAGUUACAUAAAUGAUAAUUUAAAAUAAUAUAGAUCAUAUGGUCCUUGAGAAUGUUCUUGUGUGUUAGAGAGAUUUUAAAUCAUGAAAAGAAUUAGUUAUUAUUAGAACCUUCUAAAUGAAUUUUUGAAACUGACUUCAAACUAAUAUUUCUUUAAGCAAGAAAUGUUUAAGAUAUUUUUGAAGAACCAGUACCCAAGAUAACCCAGCAUAUGAUAUUAAUUGACAUAAUUACAUGUAACAGUAGAAUCAUUUUUUUUCCCUUUUUUUGUUUCUUGGGCCACAUCUGGCGGUGCUGUGGGGCGGGGGUCAAACCGGGGUCAGCCCCCAAGCAAGGCACCACCUCUCCCCUGUACUCUGCCUGGCCCCAGGAGAAUCACCUUAUCAUACUCCAGGGGGAUGUAUUUUUUAGUAUAUUUACUUAAAACACAAAGUAGCUACAUCUCUAUAUAGCCAAAGGAAUUUGAAAGCCAAACAUAUAUCCAGUUUUGUUUUGGUUUUGGCUGCACCCUGCGAUGCUCAGGGGUUACUCCUGGCAGUGCUUAGGGGGCCAUGUGGGAUGCUGGGAUAGAAUCCACAAGCUCCCUCCCCUCUGUACUAUCACUCUAACCCCUAUCCUGUGGCUUUUUUAGAAUAUUUAUUUAAGAUUUGCAGUUUGUUGCCAGUAGUAGUAUUGUCAUUUCUUUUUUUUUUUAAUCAGCUCUGAAAAUUUCUUGUGUUAUCGUGUGGUUUUUCCCAUUUCCUUAUAUUUAUCUCAUUACUUUGGUUCACCUGUUGAUGUUGCAUUGAGUCAGUUUUAUUUUGGAUAUUUACAUGCCUUUUCCUCCCCUGUAGAGAAGUAAGCUUUGGGGCAAUCUAUUAACAGUUGUAUGGCUCUAAAAGUUGGGCUGAUGGUGGCAGUGCCCUUUUUAAUGUGUUUUAGCAUUUUUUAAAUUAACAGUGUGGUUUAAAAUGACCAUUUACUAAGGGUUAUAUGAUUCAUCGUGGUGUCAUUUCCCUCUGUACAUUGAGUUUUAUGUUGUCUUUUGAAGACAAUCUCUUCACUUCAAAAUGGAAAUAGAAGUUCAAAGACUUUUAUAUUUUAAAUAGCUGUAAGAAGAUUUAGUCUCACCAUAAUGUGUCUUGUUCUUUUUAUCAAUAUUUUAUCAAAAUAAAGAGUUAAGAGGGCAGGUGCAAUCAAAUCUGAGCUAUUUUCCUGUUUCCUUAUAGACCGUCAGAGUAGUCGCCAUCACUUUUCCUUUUCUCUUUUUGUCUGUCAGGGAUCUGAGGCCAGGGCUGGGCACAUGCACAGUGCUUUGCCCCUCAGCCGCGUCCCUGACCCUCCUCAAGAAAUUUUAUGGCUGCUGAUGUGAUGCAGAUUCAUUCACUACAAUAUUUACUUUGUUUUUCCAAGACACACAAAGUGCUCACCGAGAUCAGCCGAAGUUCAGAAUCAUACUCGUCCUAGGCCUGUAGGCUUUUAGAACGUGGGUAUUCAGUGAUACAAAAAUGAGGCUCCAACAUUAACAUUUGUGCCACCCAUUUUUAUUUGGAGAAUUAUUGUAAUCCACAUUUUUUACUGUUACCUCCUCCCUCCUACAAACGAGCAAAACUGUGGACAACUUUUGAAGAAAAUGCCUUGUUCUCCUCUUGUGUUUGAGUUUCUGGUGUGCCAUUUGGUGCGUGUCUGAGGACUGAGCACAGUAAGGCCCAGAGAUGGUCUCGGCUCUCUAUGCCUCGUGAGGGCUGAGGGCGGAGGGGCUCUCCCUUCCUCUGUUGGAUCCAGGGGGAGAAGGUGGGGUGACCGGAAGAAGAGCACGGUCUGGAUAACCCUGAGCUCUGGGGGGCAUUUGCUUUUUAUGUUUAAUAGUAAUUACACUCUUCAAAAUCAAGGUCAUCUCUGACCUGGAGAAACCAGAGUCCUGUAUGCUAUCUGCACGCCUGCAUGCUCCCCGCGUGGUGGUCCAUAUUGGCCAGUUGUUUGUUUUUUUUUUUUAAGCGACUACUUACUGUGACUUCCCUUUUCCCAUAAUCACUUAUAACUUUAGCCUAAGUGUUAAGCAUUGAAAAUGAUAAACUUGGGCCGAAAAAUGAAUUUCAGUUAUUUUAAAAAAUAUUGUUAUCUUUAUAACCAUGUUAAAGCAGUCUGUCUUGACCUUAAAUAUGACCAGGCUAUCAACCUAUCAUUCUUUUGAUUGGGCACACUUUGGGGGGGAAACUACCUGGCCCCCUGCUAGGUAGUAUGGUUAAAUUGGGGCACACAUCAGGCAGGAAACUUCCUGUCCCUUGUUUUCAUUGUUGGGGGUCGGAGGAGCAGGCUUUUAGUCUCAUCCCUUCCACUGAGUCAGGAACACACCUGGUCCUCUUGGGCAGGUAGCUGACUCAGAAGCCCCCCCUGGUAUGAGGCUUUGGGAAGUGAAUUCUUGCCGAGGUCUGUGUCAGUAGGUUGCCAUCUUCACGAUGGUUCUGCAUGUGUCCUCAUUUUUGUCACAGCUGAGUAUUUCUUUAAGAAAAAAGAAAAAAAAAAGAGAGCCAAAGACCAGGAAAGGUCAUUGGUAUUUUGCCAUUUUAAUAGGUUCUUAAUGAUGCCUCCUUGAUGCUUAGGAAGAUGCAUCUAAUUGUUUCUCAUGUGUGUGUUCAUUGCUUUACGGUAUAUUAGUCUCUAAAGGAUUUUACAUGUGAAUUUUGACCGAGAUGUUCCGGUUGAAAGAAAAAGCCUUUAGAGAAACCUUUGCUCUGGUAAAUGUUCACCUGCCACCCCGGGGAAUAUGUGUAAACCGUACUGAUUUUCAGGAAGGUUGAUUUGCCUUAUGCAUAUUGACUCCAGCAGACCAUUUUUCUAUCAUUUUUUAAAAACAAAGUGUCUGAUAUUUUGACACUGAGAUUAAGUUUAAACACCAGUUGGGGGCACUAGAAACUUGAAAAAUUUCAAGUAUGCAAACAUGAAGAAUUUUAGGAAAAUAAGUGAAAAAUACCAUUGCCUAUUAAAGACGUGUUUUAUUCUGGAAUGGAAUUUUUAAAAUGCAUAUGGCUGUCCAUUUUAACUGCAAUGAUGAAAACCUUAUUUAUCUUCCAAAGUUCAUAUAUAUAAUAUAUAUACACACACGGAUGCAUUGUACAUAUUCGUUCAUUUGAUGACACUGUUCAUUUUGUAAAUAUGUUUCUGUAUAAAAUGACGCUUUUCAAGAGAAUUCUAUGUAUAUAUUGUACUUAUUAAAUAGGUAAUGCCUGUUUACCAAGUUAUAUUUUAAUGGCAUCUUUGAUUAUUUAUAAACAUACAUCUCUUGCUAAAUGGAUUCUCUAAACUGCUGGCAGGACUGAUUAAAAUUGCUUGAAUUUUCUUUUAUAAACCAGA